AUGCCGUACUACGGUCCGAUGCAACAGCCCGGUCUGUGGGGCCAACCGGUCUCCAAUCUGACCGUGGUGGACAAGGUGCCGCCGGAAAUUAUGCACCUGGUCGAUCCGCACUGGUAUCAGUUCCCACCGAUGAAUCCACUGUGGCACUCGAUCAUUGGAUUUGUGAUUUUCGUACUGGGCGUUAUUUCGAUCAUCGGCAACGGUAUGGUGAUCUACAUCUUCUCCACCGCGAAAUCGCUACGUACACCCUCGAACCUGUUCGUCGUUAAUCUCGCACUGUCGGACUUUCUCAUGAUGGGCACGAACGCCUUCACCAUGGUGUACAACUGCUGGUACGAGACCUGGUCACUGGGGCUGCUGAUGUGCGAUCUGUACGCAUUCUUCGGAUCGCUGUUCGGGUGUUGCUCCAUCUGGACCAUGACCAUGAUCGCGCUCGAUCGUUACAAUGUGAUUGUGAAGGGUUUGGCCGGUAAACCGCUUACCAACACCGGCGCCAUACUGCGCAUCAUCAUAUGCUGGGCGAUCGGAGUCGUGUGGGGUAUUCUGCCGAUGUUGGGCUGGAACCGGUAUGUACCGGAAGGUAACAUGACUGCCUGCGGUACCGAUUAUCUCACCGACGAUUGGUUCCACAAGUCGUACAUUCUGGUGUACUCGGUGUUUGUAUACUACAUACCACUAUUUACCAUCAUCUACUCGUACAUCUUCAUCAUCAAGGCUGUCUCAGCGCACGAGAAAAACAUGCGGGAACAGGCGAAACGGAUGAACAUUCAAUCGCUGCGGUCAUCCGACGAUGGUAAAAGCACCGAGAUGAAGCUGGCCAAAAUUGCUCUCGUUACAAUAUCGCUCUGGUUCAUGGCCUGGACACCGUACACCGUCAUCAACUAUACGGGAGUUUUCAAAACGGCCAACAUAUCACCAUUGGCCACGAUCUGGGGAUCCGUGUUUGCCAAAGCCAAUGCCGUCUACAAUCCGAUCGUUUACGGUAUCAGCCAUCCAAAGUAUCGUGCCGCACUGCUGCGCCGAUUCCCAUCUCUUGCCUGUAGCGACACUCCUGCAGCGGACGACAAAUCGCUCGCAUCGGAAGCAUCGGGCGUUACUCAGGACGUCAACUCAACCACAACCUAA